UACACGAAGUAAUUGGGUCAAACAAAGAUAGUUUAAGGUCAAUUCCUGUUAGUGCUUAUGGGCAGAGCACGUAUUAUCAGCAACAAAAUCUAACCAAACCAAAAGUUCUACAAGAAUCCGAUACUGAUGCAAUACAAUCGCAAGCAAAAAAAAGUGCAAGUCCACUUUAUGUAGAUAUGUCGUUUUAUAGUUAUAUUAACGACAAUAAACAAAGGGUGGUUCAGACACAAAGCCCACAAACUGGCAAACAAACGCCUAGUAACGGCACAGUUACCAUAGUGAAAACAUUAAUACGACAUGGAAAUGAAAUAAGAAUACCCGUGGACAACGAAAAUGAUAUAUCUUUGAACAUUUUGGACAAAGACGUCAGAGUGGAAAAACGAAACAGUAUUGUUGGAUCGCCUAUAAUUCAAACUCACCGUGAAAAACUUGACUGCGCAAAAAAAUACAAAGAAAGUUUAAACAAAAAUCUAGCUUUGAUAUAUGAAAGUGAAUUAAUUCCUUUGCACACUGUCAUAAAAGGCCUAACAAAAGAAGUAAACACUCUAGCAGCCAAACAAGAAGUACUUCAAACGAGAUUGGGAAGUAUUAAACGAACAAAGUCAUUGAGACUGAUUCCCGUCGUGAAAAGAUGUGGAUGCAGGAAAAUUUAAAAUUUCUACAGCCUACCUACUUGUGUUAUAGUUAUUUCUGCCAAAUAUACAAAUACUUGCUGAAAAGAAGGAUGUAACUAUAAUUGCAAUGCCAUCAAAUAGCAGCUGUAACUCAUGAACAAUAUGAAUAGAUAAAGAUGCAUGUU